AUGGAAGACUUAAUGUUGCAUCUAAAAGCGAUUCUUUUCGUGAGGUUUUAUUCCUUUUUCAAAAUUUUUUUUUUUUUUUUUUUUUUUUUAUUUUUUAUUUUUUAUUUUCUUGUAAUUUGA